AUGUUUUCUCUUCGGAAUUGGAAGUUCUCAUAUACCCUGGCGGCAGCUAUUGGCUUGAUUUUUGCAUUGCUCUCGGUUAUUCGUUUUUUCCUAUAUCCCGUGGUUCCUUCUCUUGACUACUUUAGCCUCAGUCAGGCUCAGACUUCUUGUCUACCAGUAGAUGGAUCCACUGAGGGAGUCAAGAAAAGCACACCUAAAAAUGGAUCCAUUCGAGGUACCCAGAUGAUUUUUCCAGUAAAUGGGUCGAUUGAACGAAGCAACGAUGAUGCUGAUCAAAACUUGUUGCCAGUAGUUGAUUUAAAUGUCCAAUUUCCAGCAGACUUGCAUAAUUCUGUUUCUUAUCGUGGCGCUCCAUGGAAAGCUGAAAUUGGACGUUGGUUAUCUGGCUGUAAUUCGAAUACCAAAGCGGUGAAAAUGGUUGAGAAAAUUGGUGGGAAGAGCUGCAAAAACGAGUGUAGCGGUCAGGGCAUCUGUAAUUAUGAACUGGGUCAAUGCAGCUGCUUUCACGGCUUCAGUGGGGAAGGAUGUUCAGAAAGACUAAAUUUAAGUUGCAACUACCCUGGAUCAAAAGGGGAGCCCUAUGGGCAUUGGGUUGUGUCUAUCUGCUCGGCUCAGUGUGACACAACCAGAGCAAUGUGCUUUUGUGGAGAAGGCACAAAAUACCCUAAUCGUCCUGUUGCUGAGGGAUGUGGGUUUAAAUUAAACUUGCCUGCUCAACCUGGUGGUCCAUCUCUGACCGAUUGGACAAAACCCGAUCUUGAUAUUUACACUACCAACGCUAGUGUACGAGGAUGGUGUAAUGUGGAUCCUGCUGAAGCUUAUUCUUCCAAGGUGCAAUUUAAAGAGGAAUGUGAUUGCAAGUAUGAUGGCCUUUGGGGCCGAUUUUGUGAAACACCAGUAGAAAGUGUUUGUAUUAACCAAUGCUCAGGCAAUGGACAGUGUCGAGGCGGUUUUUGUCAGUGUAAACGUGGCUGGUAUGGAGUAGAUUGCAGUGUUCCAUCCGCUUUAUCAUCCAUCAGAGAAUGGCCCAGGUGGCUUCGACCUGCACAUGUUAAUGUUCCAGAUAGUACACGAACCACGGAAAAUCUUUUCAAUCUUAAUGCUGUAGUUCAAAAGAAAAGACCCCUUGUAUAUGUUUACGAUUUGCCUCCCGACUUCAAUAGUCUUCUCCUGGAGGGACGACAUUUCAAGUUGCAGUGUGUAAACAGAAUCUAUGAUCACAGGAAUGCUACAAUAUGGACUGAUCAACUGUAUGGUGCACAGAUGGCAAUCUAUGAAAGUAUAUUAGCCAGUCCUUAUAGAACAUUAAAUGGUGAAGAAGCAGAUUACUUCUUUGUUCCAGUACUUGAUUCAUGUAUUAUAACUCGUGCUGAUGAUGCUCCACACUUGAGCAUGCAGGAUCACCAGGGGUUAAGGAGUUCACUAACUUUAGAAUUCUACAAGAAAGCGUAUGAUCACAUAAUGAUGCAAUAUCCUUACUGGAACCACUCCUCAGGACGAGAUCACAUUUGGUCCUUUUCAUGGGAUGAAGGGGCUUGCUAUGCACCUAAGGAAAUAUGGAACAGCAUGAUGUUAGUCCACUGGGGCAAUACAAAUUCAAAGCAUAAUCAUUCUACAACAGCAUAUUGGGCUGAUAACUGGAAUCAGAUUUCUUCUCAAAGAAGAGGGAGUCAUCCAUGCUUUGAUCCGGACAAAGAUCUUGUACUUCCUGCAUGGAAGCGCCCUGAUGAAGGUUCGCUGAAUGCUAAACUUUGGGCUAGGCCCCACGAGGAACGGAAGACACUAUUCUAUUUCAACGGAAAUCUAGGACCGGCUUACGAACAUGGAAGACCUGAAGCAACGUAUAGCAUGGGCAUAAGGCAGAAAGUUGCUGAAGAGUUUGGUUCAAGUCCUAACAAGGAAGGAAAACUUGGGAAACAGCAUGCAGAAGAUGUGGUUGUGACUCCACUACGUACUGAUCAUUAUUACCAGGAAUUGGCAAAUUCUGUUUUCUGUGGGGUUAUGCCUGGAGAUGGAUGGAGCGGUCGAAUGGAAGAUAGUAUCCUGCAUGGCUGCGUCCCCGUGGUCAUUCAGGACGGGAUCUACUUGCCAUAUGAGAAUGUUCUCAACUAUGAAAGCUUUGCCGUAAGAAUCCAUGAAGAUGAAAUUCCAAAUUUGAUAAACAUUCUGCGGAGAUUUAAUGAGACUGAGGUAGAAUUCAAAUUGGGCAAUGUGAGGAAGAUCUGGCAGAGAUUCUUGUAUCGUGAUUCUGUUUUGCUUGAAGCCGAGAGGCAAAAUGCUACACUUGGACUUGUUGAGGACUGGGCCAGGAAGUUCUCUGAACUAAGUGAAGAUGAUGUCUUCGCCACACUCGUACAGGUUUUGCACUACAAGUUACAUAACGACCCUUGGAGACUAGAGGUUGUCUUUCCCAAAAAGGAGUUUGGUGUACCCGGAGAAUGUGCAAGAAGCUUGACCGAAUGCAUCAACGUGAAUAAAGCUGCUGCAAAAGGAGCAGCAAUUUUGAACAAUACAUGGAUCAUCAAUCAAUAG